AUGAUACCAAGUACUUCCCACCCCGCGGAUACUCCAUACCAUCCAACUAUUAACCACUUUGCCACAUACUACACCAUCUCACCGUACAACAAUUGCAUACCAUUUUACCAGCACAUACUUAUCAUCAUUGUGCCACAAACCACAUAUACCACUUUACCAUCUGCAGUCGACCACUACAUGGUAACGUUCACUUUACCAUCUUAUCAUGACAUUGCUCAACCAUCUUUACCACCACAACUACCACUACCACAGUUGUACGACCCAUUCUCGUGA